AUGGCGCGACUGCUGCUGCUGCGAGUGCUUCUCGCAGCGGUUCUUGCGAGCGGACUGCUACGAGACUACCGCAGUGCCGCUACUGCUGAUGACGGACAGUCGUUCUUGGCCUUCUCCGCGACGGAUCUGCGCGGCCACGAAGUGUCGAUGCGCACGUAUAGCGCGUACCCAGUGAUCCUCGUGGUGAAUGUCGCCAGCGCGUGUGGCUACACGGACACGAACUACCGCGAGCUGCAGGAAUUGUAUGAGAAGUACCACGACGAGGGGUUUAUGGUGCUGGGCUUCCCUUGUAACCAGUUUGGUGGACAAGAGCCGGGGACGAAUGACGACAUCCUCAAGUUUACACAGGAGCAGUACCACGUGACGUUUCCGCUCUUUGCCAAGGUGCAUGUUAAUGGGGACGAUGCGCACCCGCUGUUUCAGUUUCUGAAGACGCGCCUGGAUGGAUUCAUGACGACCGACAUCAAGUGGAACUUUACCAAGUUCUUGAUUGUCAACCACGAACCGGUGAAACGGUAUGGCACGACGACGUCACCACUGGCGAUCGAACAGGACAUUCUGCAGGCGUUGUCCAGUAGCCAACAAGUGAGUGGGUUGGACGAUGGCGGUGCGAUGGACGGCGAUUACGAAGACGCACACGACGAGUUUUGA